AUGCAAAUGAGUUAUCUAAGACUAGGAUUCAUAACACCACUAACUCCUGCUUUUUGUUUAAUAAAUCAAUUUGUAAUCUAUGGAAUUUGGUAUGGCGCUACGUUCUCAAUGGUAUGGAUAUCGAUCGAGCGACAUAUUCUAAUAUUUCAUUCAACUCGAGUUGUUACAGCGCGUGGACGUUUGUUAUUUCACUAUAUACCACUUAUGUUGUUUUCUCUCUAUGCACCAAUUCUCUAUGCUUAUUUGAUCUUUGUUUAUCCUUGUGAGCAUAUUUACGAUGGUACUCAGAUUCUAUGUGGAGAUGCCUGUUUUUGGGGUUCAAUAUCUGAUUCAUUUGCACAGUAUAUGUCAAUUGCUCAUGAUAUCAUGCCAAUCGUGAUUAUUGUUGUUUUUGGUGCUGCCCUUCUUCUUCGUAUUGUUAUACAAAAACGUCGUUUACGGCAAGUUAAUGAAUGGCGUAAAUACCGAAAAAUGAUCAUACAAUUUAUUUUCAUCUCUGUUACCUUUGUUAUUUUUAAUCUUCCUUAUACCAUUAUUUAUUUCGGUAAAAGUUUGGGAUUUUCUAGUUUCGGCAUCAAUGUUAUCCGAUAUUUUUUACCUCUAACAAACGUUCCAUCUAUAGCUAUGCCCUAUGCUACUGUUAUAACACUGCCCGGACUAAAACAAAAACUUUUUGCACUGAUCAUUUGUAAGGUGAAGCAAAAUACUAUCCAUACAACAGUUGCCUGGAGCUAA